ACGUUGGUUGCGACCCGCCAUAAAAAGAAGAAGAAGAGGAAGCUAGCGUUUGAUAGAGAAGACCUAAACAUGGGCAUUAUAGUUCUUUAUUUUUAAUCAGUACAUACAUGUGCACAUAUAUGUUGUUUGAGAGAGUAAAUAUCGUCAAUAAUUGUUUGUAUCCGGAUACACGAGUCUGAGCGUCUUUUGACGCUUCUCGUGCUUGCUAGUUAACCUAAGCUAGCUGUUAGCCAUCUUAGUUAGCUAUCUUAGCAUGUUAGCUGCUAACAAAGAUGCGACAUAUUUGUAAAACUUUGCGCGGAUUAAGAAUACAUAACUAGUGAUCAACACAUCGCUACGCAGAGGCCAAGUGUGAGUGUAAAGUGUUGUGAUUGUGUGACAAUGUGUGAAAGAACGAUAGCGGAAUACGAGGAGGAACUUUGUCCAAUAAAAGAGGAGAAGGAGCGACAACAACAACUACUGGACGCUGUUUUCAAGAAACAUCAAGUUGUGUUACACAGAACAGACGUCUGUGAAGAACAUCUUCACCCUGAGCAACAGAAGUGGAGCAUCAGGAUGGUGAUGGAGGAGCCACAGCCCUCCCACAUUAAUAAGGAAGAAUACCCACUGAUCCUACAUUUUAAAAAGGAAGAGAAGGACCCACUGACACCCCAUUUUAAAGAGGAAGAGGAGGACCCACUGACACCUCAUUUUAAAGAGGAAGGGGAGGACCCACUGACCCUUCACAUUAAGGUGGAAGAGGAGGACCCACUGACUCCUCACAUCAAAGAGAAAGAGGAGGACCCACUGACCCCUCACAUUAAGGAGGGAGAGGAAUACCCACUGAUCCUACAUUUUAAAAAGGAAGAGGAGGACCCACUGACACCCCAUUUUAAAGAGGAAGGGGAGGAACCACGGACCACUCACAUUAAGGUGGAAAAGGAGGACCUACUGACUCCUCACAUUAAGGAGGAAGAGGAGGAACGACUAACCCCUCACAAUAAGGAGGAAGGGGAGGAACGACUAACCCCUCACAUUAAAGAGGAAGAGGAGGAACACAGCAUCAGUCAGGAGGGAGAGCAUCUUGAAUGUUUGGAGGAGUUUCCAGUGACUGGUGUGAUUGUGAAGAGUGAAGAUGAUGAUGUCAAAGGUGAAAGUGAGGAGAAGAGGGAGGCGGAGCCUCCAAGCAGCAGCUCAACACAACACAUGACAACAGAAGCUGAUGGAGACCACUAUGGAGGAUCUCAAGCAGACAAGAACUUAGCUCCACUAUCCGAUAGUGACGACACAGCGUCUCACUCUCCUGACACUGAUGAUGAAGACUCUAAAGAUGAUAAGACAUGUCACACCGACAACACACGCUUUAAAUGUUCUCAGUGUAACAAAACUUUUAAAUACCAUUGGGAUCGGAAAGUACACACGAGAACACACACUGGAGAAAAACCUUUUUCCUGUUCAGUCUGUGGUAAAGGUUUUACACGAAAUCGUGAUCUGAAAAGACACACAAGAAUCCACACUGGAGAAAACCCCUUUUCUUGUUCAGUCUGUGGUAAAGGUUUUGCGGGAAAAAGUGAUCUGAAAAUACACACAAGAAUGCACACUGGAGAAAAACCCUUUCACUGUUCAGUCUGUGGUAAAGGUUUUGCACGUAAUAGUCAUCUGAAAAUGCAUACAAGAAUACACACUGGUGAAAAAUCAUGUAUCUGUUCAGUCUGUGGUCAAGGUUUUAAACAAAAUUGUGAUCUGAAAAGACACACAAGAAUCCACACUGGAGAAAACCCUGUUUCCUGUUCAGUCUGUGGUAAAGGUUUUGCGGGAAAAAGUGAUCUGAAAGUACACACAAGAAUGCACACUGGAGAAAAACCCUUUUCCUGCUCAGUCUGUGGUAAAGGUUUUGCACAAAAUGGUCAUCUGAAAAGACACACAAGAAUCCACACUGGUGAAAAAUAAUUUAUCUGUUCAGUGUGUGGUAAAGGUUUUGCACGAAAUGGUAAUCUGAAAAAAAAAAAAACAUGCAACAAUGCACACGGAGAAAAAAAACCCUAUUCUUGUCUCAUCUGUGGUAAAGGUUUUGCACAACAAAGUCAUCUGAAAAGACACACAAGAUUGCACACUGGAAAAACAAAUAUUUUCCUGUCAAGUCUGUAGUAAAGGUUUUAUACAAAGUAAGACUCUUAAAGUACACUGGAGACGAACCAUUCACCUAGAAGGCAUUAUUGAUAAUGCAGAGCAGAAAGCACACUGGUGAAAAUCCUUUUAUCAGCUCAGCCGGCUUUAAAGGUUUCAUAGACCAUCUAACUUUGAAAAGACACACACACACUCAAGAGAAACCCUUUAGUUGCAGUGUGUGUGUGUGUGUGUGUGUGUGUGUGUGUGUGUGUGUGUGUGUUAGUUAGUGUGGACAGAUUCCCUAAUAAGAACCAGUGUAAGACACGCAGCAGCAAAUGAAGACGCAGGAUGUUUUGUCAUUGUUCUGUGUGUUACAAGCUUGACUAAUUGCUUCUAACUUUUAUGUUCCAACACUGAGUCAUACCAACGACUAUAAAAAUGGGACCCAUUACCUCCCUGCUUGACACUCAGCAUCAAGGGUUGGAAUUAGAGGUUAAAUCACCAAAAAUGAUUCCGGAGCGCAGCCACUGCUGCUGCUCACUGCUCCCCUCACCUCCCAGGGGGUGAUCGAGGGUGAUGGGUCAAUUGCAGAUAAUAAUUUCGCCACACCUAGUGCGUGUGUGUGUGACAGUCAUUGGUACUUUAACUUAACAUUUACCCUUGUAUGCCAAGAGCAUUUUUGAACUGUUAAUGAUCUAUAGCGUUCUUUUUUGUUUGGUAACUGACAGACCGUGAGAGAUUAUCAUCACACUUCAACAUCUCAUGUAAAUGAUGCCUCUUUCCUAGAUAAGCAUUGUACAUGUAAAUAUGUUCGUAAUUGUUUUACACUGGAUGAAUAAAUGUUAAAUAAAUACAUGUAAAAUAGGAUGUAAAUGUUUAUAUACUACAUUACCCAAAAAGGUUAGUGCUGUAGACAGGAACAGGAAGUAGGUUUGAGUUAUGUUAGAGGACAUUUGUGCCGUUUGAUCAAUAAAGAGUUGAUAUAU